UCUCGCUUCUGCGACUCCCUGCCUACCUGUCUCUCCCACCCGCUGCCCCCCUGGCUGGCUCCAGCUCAGCCAGGUAUAAGGAAAUGCUAGAACCAGUGAUCUCACCCAGCCUUACUGUAAACAGCGAUUGUCCGGAUAACGUGAAGCCUAACCCUGCUGAUGCUGAUGCCCGGACUCUGAGUGGCAUAGAAGGACAGACGAGAAUUGCCCCUAUUUCAUCAUCUUCUCUCCCUUCCCGCAGACCUUGCCCGCGUGUCCUGCCCAGCCGGCCUCCCACAGCCAUGGCAGCCUAUGGCCAGACGCAGUACAGCACAGGGAUUCAGCAGGCCGCUUCCUACACAGCCUAUCCACCCCCAGCACAAGCCUACGGAAUCCCUUCUUACAGUAUCAAGACAGAAGACAGCUUGAACCAUUCCCCAGGCCAGAGUGGCUUCCUCAGUUAUGCCUCCAGCUUCAGCACCCCACCCACUGGACAGAGCCCAUAUACCUACCAGAUGCACGGUGCAGCCGGGAUCUAUCAAGGUGCCAAUGGACUGAGCAGCGCGGCCGGAUUCGGGACUGUGCACCAGGACUACCCUUCCUACCCCGGCUUCCCGCAGAGCCAGUACCCCCAGUAUUACAGUUCAUCCUACAGCCCCCCGUACGUCCCGGCCAGCGGCGUCUGCCCCUCCCCGCUCUCCACAUCCACCUACGUCCUCCAGGAUGCUUCUCACCACGUCCCCAACCAGAGUCCUGAGCCCCUCGCUGGCGAAUAUAACACACAGAACGGCCCGUCCACGCCAGCAAAAGAAGGAGACGCAGACAGGCCCCACCGGGCCUCCGACGGGAAGCUCCGAGGCCGGUCCAAGCGGAGCAGCGACCCCUGCCCCGCUGGGGACAGCGAGAUUGAGCGCGUGUUCGUGUGGGACUUGGACGAAACCAUCAUCAUCUUCCACUCCUUACUCACGGGGACCUUCGCGUCCAGAUACGGGAAGGACACCACGACGUCCGUGCGUAUCGGCCUGAUGAUGGAAGAGAUGAUCUUCAACCUCGCCGACACCCAUCUGUUCUUCAACGACCUGGAGGAUUGUGACCAGAUCCACGUCGAUGACGUCUCCUCAGAUGACAAUGGCCAAGACUUAAGCACAUAUAACUUCUCAGCCGACGGCUUCCAUGGCUCGGCCCCCGGGGCCAACCUCUGCCUGGGCUCUGGCGUCCACGGCGGGGUGGACUGGAUGAGGAAGCUGGCCUUCCGCUACCGGCGGGUGAAGGAGAUGUACAACACCUACAAGAACAACGUGGGCGGCUUGAUAGGUGCUCCCAAAAGAGAGACCUGGCUCCAGCUCCGAGCAGAGCUGGAGGCCCUGACCGACCUCUGGCUGACCCACUCCCUGAAGGCGCUAAACCUCAUCAGUUCCCGGCCCAACUGUGUCAAUGUCCUGGUCACCACCACUCAACUCAUUCCUGCCCUGGCCAAGGUCCUGCUGUAUGGACUGGGGUCCGUGUUUCCUAUUGAGAACAUCUACAGCGCCACCAAGACAGGGAAAGAGAGCUGCUUCGAGCGCAUCAUGCAAAGGUUCGGCCGCAAAGCUGUCUACGUCGUCAUCGGGGAUGGCGUGGAAGAGGAACAAGGAGCCAAGAAGCACAACAUGCCUUUCUGGAGGGUCUCCUGCCGCGCAGACCUGGAGGCCUUGAGGCACGCCCUGGAGCUGGAGUACUUAUAGCAGCGCCAGCCAGGCCCCGCACCCGCACCCGGACAGACGCCCGCCCAGCAACCCAGAAGCUGCUCUUUCUGCCCCAGCGAGGCUCCCGGGAGGCCAGGAGCCAAUACUGGCUUCGGAAUACUUGACUUUUGGGGAGAGGGGGCGCUCGGGGUCCAGACUCACCAACAAGCUGACAGAACAAAAGCAAGGCCUUGCUGAGUGAGGGUGGGCUGGCGGCGAGGGGGGCAGGCGUGUUUGUUUUCUUUUUCUUCUUAAUUUAUGGACUUCUCGCGGUGCCCGGUCCUGCGCCCGGCCUGUGCAGUGGGCUUCCCUAGUCCUUGGCUGGGUUUGGCGCUUUAAGCUGGCAGGCAUGUGGGGGUUCUCACUGCGGCACUCUCUUCCUCCAGGUGUGCUUUUGGGGGGGACAAUCAUUCUUUGAGCAUUAGUGAGGGAGGUGAUUCGGGGCUGUUGGGGGGACGCUUGCUGAUUUCUGUUUCAGAGACCUGGCCCUGCGUCAUGUGGACAGUGCACGUGCCUUACACUGCCAUCUUGUUUGCUGGGCAGAGAGGUGCGCUGGGAGGACCAGUGCCCAAGGCGUUAAAUAAAACCUCGUUUACAUUUGGAA